AUGUCGUCCUACCGCCCAAGGUACACAGGCCUGCAUUAUGAUGAUAUUCCCCCUCCACCGCCGCCAGCGGAUCUGCCACCGCUACCUCGUGGACCACCGCCGCCGGCGUAUAAUGGAGGCGACUCUUGGCAUUCGCAUUCGCGACAAGGCUUCGAUUUUGGCAACAUCGAGUCUGCACCGAGGUACCCUCCACAAGUGGACAGUUAUCGCCCGCCGCGGAGGCAAAGGUCGCCGCGAAGGAAUCGUGCAAGGCCACAAUAUAGCGAUAAUAGAAAUCUGAAUCGGCCUGGUGGCCGUCACAAUAGUCAAUUCGGACGCGGCCCUCGCUUAGCUUCUAAUCGCCCACUCCUUCACCAUCAACACCAAGACGAUAACAGUGAAUUAGAGAUGUUGGGCGUGACAGGCGGAGCGGCCAAGUACUUAGACGAUGAGGAGGUCAGCGAUAGCGAAGAGCAGGAAAUGGAGCUGUCUGACUCUGAUCGGGAGGAAGGUGAAGUAGCCGCUGCCUCAUUUGACGGGGUGGCGGAUAGUAAUACUCUUGAGCCGCCAUCGAAACGUCGGGACAUCGGUGGGAAGUAUGGCGAUGCCGACGAUCGACCCAAAUGGUCUAAUCCUGAUCCCUACUUUGCUCUACCACCCACUGAUGAUACUCUCGCCAAUCGCAAAGACCCUGUAGAGACAAUCAGGAAAUAUCGGAAGCCAAAAGACGAUCAGACCGUCGAGACUAAUCAAGUGACAGCAAAUGACGAUUUCAUCUCCUUUGCUAUGGAUGGUGAUGGCGAAGCAGAAACAGAUUCCUCGCAAGCUGACGACGACCUAAUACUUGCGACCGCCCCAUCAGCUCCCCGGCAGAUGAAGCCACAGCGAAAUGAUAUUGAGCAUUCUCGAUCUCUAGAAAGCAGGAAAACUACCACGGAAGACUGGGGUCGCGCAUACUAUGAUCUUACAGAUGGUACUAGCCGUCGCAAGCGUGGACAUGGUGAUAUGGACCACAACGAAUCCCACCAAAUUCUCAAUCGCGACUUACUUCGCGCAGACGUCGGCUUGCGUGAUGAAUGGCGACCAAAACCUAACACUGACUUGGUCCCCUGGCUGCGGCAUUCUGCACACAUAACCUCCAGUGCUGGGUUUCGCUUGCAUAAAGAAAUUUGUGACUUUUAUGACUUCGUCAGACCGCAAGGAUUUGAAGGAGUCAUCCGUCAAGAGCUCCUAGAUCGCUUAGAGGCUAUGAUCCAUCAGCGGUUUGCAGACUGCAGUGUUCAUUGCUUUGGCUCUUUCGCCGCUGGACUUUAUCUACCGACGGCAGACAUGGACGUUGUUGUAAUAUCUAAUGAGUAUGCGAAGUAUGGGGAGAGAGCUCUGUGUCGAAGCCACAAUCAACUGUACAAAUUUGCCGAUCAUGUUAUUAAGUCUGGGCUGGCGAAGCCGGGCUCGGUGAAUGUGAUUGCGCAGGCCAAAGUCCCCCUGAUCAAAUUCGUUGAUAGCAUUACGUCCAUCAGAGUCGACCUGUGUUUCGAGAACGAUAGCGGAGUGCGAGGUCUCGCUAUCUUCGAUCAAUGGAAAGACCAAUACCCUGCAAUGCCGGUACUCGUUUCUGUCAUCAAGCAGUUCUUAAUGAUGAGAGGCUUGAACGAAGUUGUUGAUGGGGGUAUCGGAGGCUAUAGCGUCAUCUGUUUGGUCACAAGCUUGCUGCAGAACAUGUCACUGGUCAAGGCUGGCAAAAUGACAGCUGAAGAACAUCUUGGUGAAAUGCUGAUAGAGUUUCUGGAUCUCUAUGGUAAUAGAUUUGACAUCUCACGCGUUGGCAUCGUUAUGGAGCCACCUCGCUACUUUGAUAAGGUAACAUACCCUUCCUCGAGCAAAGCAUCAUGGUCACUAAUUGAACAACAGCACUCUUUCAACAGACCACGCUUUCAACACCCUACGAACAAGCCGUCUCGACCAGAUCGACUGACCAUCAUGGAUCCAAACAAUCCCGAUCGUGAUAUUGCUGGUGGCUCACACAAGGUCUUGGCGAUCUUUGCGCAAUUUGCAGAAGCCCAGCGCCGGAUCAUGGCAGCGAUGAAGAGUACUAACCGUCCAAGCUUGCUCGAUUGGAUGCUAGGUGGCAGCUACCGAGAACUGAUUGACCAGCGCGCCCGUUUGAGAAGCUUAUACAACGUACGUUAUACAGAUCAACGUGAGCAACCGAAGUCAUUGAACAAGACGGCCCCCCUAAAUUCUAUGACGAAAGAAGAGGUCGGACAGAGGAGCCGGGCUACGGAACUUAAGAACAAAUUUCCAGAAGUUGCCUCUUCAAUACCUGACCUACUAGAGAGAGAGGCAUUCAAGGGUCUUUCCAAACGCCUUGCUUCUAAACGGUCCACUAGAGACGGCGAGGGACCAACUGAAAAUUCAAAUCAGAAAGUACUGGCGAAAAGCCUGAAGCAAGAAUUCCCGGACGCCAAAAUUCCGGAAGCUAUCGACAAAAGGACGUUUGACUCCCUUCGAGAGAUGUUAAGUAUGGCUCGCAUCCAAGCUCAGGAAAAGCAGAAUCAGGUAACGAAGGAACAAAUCGGUAGGACACGGGCAGAUCAGCUCAAGCGCGACUUUCCAGAUGCUGCUGCAAAAAUUCCAAGUAUUCUGGAUCGAGAUGCCUUUGUCAAACUUGCUCGGGAGCUCGAGAACGCCGGCAUCAAACGAAACAAGCGAGGACAGGCUUCCUUGCCCGCUCGUCCACCGCUGCCGGAGUCUUCGCGAUUCGCUGCUAUCAAUGCUCCGAACUCCUCCGAACCUCAAUUGCCACAGAAGCCGGCACCCACUUUGGAGACGGUUUCACCUGCGACGGGCAUAGCGUCUGGCAUGUCAAGCGCGGACGCCAUUCCUAUUGAUUAG